AUGGCAGUCAAAUCCCCUUUAUUGUACAAAGAAGGCACCUCAUGUUCUACGGGGAUGGUUAUGGGAGGAGCAUCCCAAGUUACCAAGGGCUCUUCAUUGGUUGAAGGUUCUCAGCACAAUACUGUCAGAGGCCGCCGGAGCCCGAGGCACACCUGCAGGCCGCAGAGAUGCACCUGGUGGCUUCCGGAGAAGGACGUGGUGCUCUACACCUCCAUUUGCAACGCCGCAUCCAUUUGCAACGCCUCGUGGCGCCUGCUGGAGGCCUUUGGACUGCUGCACCGCCACCUGGAGCCCUACCUGCGCGGCCUGGGCCUGCUGGAGGAGUGGACACAGCCGGUGGGGCGCUGCUGCCCGGGCGGCCUGCGCGAGAGAGCCGGGGCCCUGCUGCGCACUGUCCUCUUCUUCGCGCCCCCCACAGACUUCCACGAGGCCACCCACCACUUCUACGGCCGCAGCUUCCGCAUCUACAUGUGGCAGCGCGGCAGCGGGGCCGAGGAGGAGGCGGGUGGUGGGGGCUGCGGCUGCGGGGAGGAAUGCUGCUGGUGUCCGCUGGUCGUGGAGCAGUUCCAGCAGCUCAACGCCAUCCUUUACGAGCUGAACCUGCUGGAACGGGUGAGCGCCGACGCCGUGACCCACGUGCUGCACAAGAUGAUCGAGGAGCGCGUGGAGUGGCGCUGCCAGGGCGAGUGCGAGCGCUCUUUCCUCACCGAGUUCCAAGAGUGGAUCGAGAAGGUCAUCGGCUGGCUCAGCAGGGUCUUCCUGCAAGAGAGUGCCAGGGCGUCCCUGCCCAGCAGCCCCCUGAAGCUUCUGCUACUGCCUAUAUGCCAGCUUGAGCAUCAAGGAGCUCUACAGCAUCAUCCGCAAUUUCCCGGAGUCGAAGCCUGCAGUGGAAGACCUGAAGUAUUCCCUGGAAAGGAUGAAUCAGCGGCAGCAGCUCCUGACCUCCCUGAAAAGCGCCUUGGAACUACGGCUGCUCCAUCUCGGAGUGAACAUUUGGACAUCAUUACCCUCUACAUUUUGGCCAUCAAAGCCCUGCGGGAGCUGGACUGCCUUUGUUUUGCGGCCUCAAGAAUGGCAUUUUAA